AUGAAGUGUAUGGGUGCCUUGGUCGGUUCAACAUUGGUUGAUCCAUCAAAAACAUCAUGGCCAAACUUUAUGAAGAAGCUGCGGAAGUUCUUGGAGUCGAUGAUUCAGAAGUCAGGCAAAAUCAGGUCUUUGGUGCGGGAGAUCGCCGAUGUCUACUCAAAAAGUGAUGUCCUGCAGAAGUCCAAGCGCCAGCUGGAGGACGAACUCCAGAAACUUGAUGGCCAGUACGAUGUCUGCAACAAUGUGAUGGCCAAGGGUGAGGUGAAUGGAUUUGGGCCGGAGUGCUCAACGGCCUGCGCAGCGGAAGCAAAGACGAGGAAUGCGAAACGGUAUGAGAAGAAGGACGCUGAUUUGCCCGGAUCCCCACCUGUGAAAAAGGAGAAGAAAGAUAAGACAGACAAACGUGCUGGCAAUGCCGUGAAAGCAUUCAGCAAAGACAUCGGCCAAGGUGUUCUGGCCUCAAAGGGCGGGGACGGUCUGGGACAGCCACUGGUGACGGCCUGGCGGCCGGAAAUGGGCAAGGUUUGGGAGGCCUGUCGUCAUCACUCUGUCCUCCCGUCGCCCCUUCAGUCCCGGAAUGGUUGGCACAUCUACCACUUGAACUUCAAGGGAAUAAGUAAGCGUGGAUGCAAAAACAUGCGAUUGGGGGGGGACACCGUGAACACAGAGGAAGUGGACGGUGUCUCAAGCUGCAGAGCUGCAAUCAGAGCAGCGAAAGGCAUUGUGAGCGAUCUUGGAGAGGAUGUCGCGGCAAAAAGCCGUGGGCUCACAGAGUUGAGCCGUUGUCAUAUGGCAAAAGAGAAAGGGCAAUUCUUCGUGAGUUUUGGCUUUGGAACCAACUUGGCCAACAGCGAAAGGAAAAGAAGAAAGUAUUUGAGCAUGAAACUUAACUACUGCGGCUCAACGAACACAAGCAGAAUGAUUUCUGGGUGCCUGCCCAAAAUGAGCAAAGAUGAAGCCGCGCUUCAGGAUCUUCUGACUUAUACGACGGGCGAUUGCUGGCGCAUGCUUGAGCAUGGAGUUUUGGAUGCUGAUGGUCAGCGAUACCAUGCUGCCUGCAUCAAUGCAGUGGGUGACUGGAUGUGGCUUGCAAAAGCCGGUAACCUGGAAAGGUCAUUUUCAAACGUGCCCAAGAAACCUUUGGUCGCUGGCUCGCGGCCAAAGGGCAUUUGCCACCUUUGCUUGGCAGGCCGCCCUGGGUUUGACUUUGAGAAUUUGAGCUCUGAUCCCGCAUGGCUGGGUACUUUAUUCACACCCGGAGACGAGCCAUGGAAGUCUAAACCAAUUUUAUUGAGUUUGCCUCACGACCCAGCCCGGGCUGCAGGAUUCUUUGCCUACGAUGUCUGGCACGCUUUUCACCUCGGCUUAGGAAAGUCGUUUGUGGCAGCAGUGCUGGCUUGUAUUUCGGAUCGCUUUGGAGCGAGCACAGUGGAUGCUAGGUUUUUAGAGUUGACAGACUUAUAUUUACAAUUCUGUGACGAGUCUCGCGAGCCAGCAUAUAUCACUGCAAUUACCAAGGAAUCUUGCGGAUGGCCUGAUCGGAAGACCUUCCCUAAUGGCCAAUGGCAUAAAGGCCAUGGCACGACCACGUUACUUCGUUUCUUGGAAAGCUGGUUCUCCAAAAACAAUGUUGCGGAUGAUCUCAUUUUAUCCAUGUGUGCCGAAGCAGUUGUGGUUCUCAACCGCUGUUUUCACGAAAUGUACGCCAGUGACCUGUGGCUUGAAGUUUCUGCUUGCCAUCGCAUCGGUGGCAUUGGAAUGCAAUUUCUGUGUCUGUAUCAACGGCUGGCGUUGGAAGCUUUUUCUCAGUCCAAAGCCCUUUUCGCUUACCUUCCCAAGUGCCACAUCGUGCACCAUAUAAUGAUGGGUCUUGCCAAGGCUCAUGUUGCCAGCCUGAACCCUUUGACUUUCGGAGUACAGAUCGAUGAGGAUUUCAUCGGGAAGAAGAGCAGAGUAGCGCGCCGCGUGGAGAACGUUGUGACCUACCCUGGAGUGAAAGGCAACUUCCUGCGCUUUCAGCUUCAGUCCCCGAUCAAUCGCACCGGCAACACUUGGCACAUCCAGAUUGCAGCGCCCUUCUCCCUAGAGGGGCUCCGCUACGGUUGGCACAUUGACCCGGAGCCUUCCGAUGACGGUGAGCCGGUCUUUGAGCAACCUGUGCUGGAUCCCUGUGCGCGGUGCUUGUCUUCCGGAGGUGUGGAAAUUUGGAAUCGUCGUGGUGAGAAGUUCAAGUAUGCACCUCUAUCAAUUGUGCCCGACUUUCGUGCGCUGGAAUGCUUUGACUGGCAAGGUGUGACCUCACCGGGACACUCCUUGCAAGACCUGGUCAUUUACGAGGCGCAUGUGCGCAGUUUCACCAAGAACAAAGACAGUGGGGUCAAGCAGUCGCAUGCCGGGACCUUCCUUGGCUUCAUAGAAAAGAUCCCGCAUCUUCUCAACUUGGGCAUUAAUUGCGUGGAGCUUUUGCCCAUCUUUGAGUUUGACGAGUCGCAAGUGCCGUGGAAACAUCCCCAGACAGGGGAACAUCUCUGUCAGUACUGGGGCUACCAGACCUGCUCCUACAAUACACCCAUGCAGCGCUUCGCAGUUGGAUCCACUUCCAAACCCUGGGCUGCCAUUGUGGAAUUCAAGACCCUUGUCCGUGAACUCCAUCGCAAUGGCAUCGAGGUGGUCCUUGACGUGGUCUUCAACCACACCGGCGAGGGCGCUUGGGGCGUGAGCAACUGGAAUUGCCUGGCGAAGGUGGCAGUGAGUCACUACUAUUUGAUGUCCAAUGGCUACCACACGAACUACACGGGCUGCGGAAACACUUUGCACGCGAACGAUCCAAAUUGCACCGAAUGGAUCCUGGACUGCCUUCGCUAUUGGGCUUUGGACAUGCACGUGGAUGGCUUUCGCUUUGAUCUUGCGUCAUCUUUGACAAGAGGUAGUGAUGGUCAAUGCAUGCCGGAACCGCCCUUCAUCAAGCGCCUGGUGAACGAUCCAUUGCUGCAGCACAUCAAGCUGAUCGCGGAGCCAUGGGAUUGCGCCUGGCCCGAUGGUUAUCUAGUCGGACAAUUCCCCAGUGGGGGUGAACCUCGCUGGGCUGAGUGGAAUGGCAAGUUCCGAGACUGCGUGAGGGGCUUCAUCAAAGGAGACCCUGGCAUGAAAGGCCAAUUUGCCACACGUGUUUGUGGCAGCCCUGACCUUUACGAACCCGAUGGACGUGGACCUUGCCAUUCCAUCAACUUCAUCACGGCCCAUGAUGGUUUCACCUUACGUGAUUUGGUCAGCUACAACAAGAAGCACAAUCACGUGAACAACGAAGAGAGCGGCGAAGACAACAACAUUUCAUGGAAUUGUGGUGAAGAGAAUGAUGAAGGACCAACGAAGAAAAAGGGCAUCCUACAAUUGCGUGACCAGCAGAUGCGCAACAUGCUUUUGGCCUUGUUCCUCUCUGCCGGAACGCCCAUGGUGACUUCUGGGGACGAGUAUGGACGAAGUCAAGGAGGGAACAACAACUCUUGGUGUCAAGAUCAGUUGAACUGGUUUUCCUGGGCAGAGUGCGCCAAGGAGAAUGAUGGCCUAGUCCGUUUCUUUCGCUUGGCCCUGGGUCUUCGAAAGCAGCACAGUGAUUUGUUGGCACGCACCACCUUCAUGACGCAUGCAACCAUCCAGUGGAACCAUGACGACUGGGAGUCCGACUACAAUUUCGUGUCCUACAUCUUACAUCGUGGAGGUGAGGAAACCGAAGGAAGCGAAGGGGAGGAGCCGGUCUCCGAGUGCGGUGCUAAGGCAGGAAGCAGCCAGGACAGCGUGGGGGACACGAAGAAAACCUGUGCCUUACUGGUGGCAUUCAACGCAGGACAUGUGGCGCAUGAUUGCCAUCUUCCAGCGGGACGUGAGUGGUUCCGCAUCGUUGACAGCAGCUUGCCAUCUCCUGAGGACAUUUGCGCAUGUGAUGAAGAUGCCCAGGUCAUCACCGGUGAGAGCUAUGUUAUGUCUCCUUACAGCUGCAUUGUCCUCCGAAGCUUUGACAAUCUGGCAGAUGCACAGCAAUACAACAUCGCAGAAGUGUCCAAGAGCCGAUUGCAGCAGCUGCAAAGCCAGCUUCGACAAGUGUCCUCUCAGCCUUUUGAAGCACAGCUGGCGGAGGACGAAGAUCUUCAAGAGAUCAUCCCAAGCCUUCGAGGCAUUCCCGAGCCUGAGCUUAUGACAAAGCUUGCCGGCGAGGGGUACCAUCACCACCCUGUCAUUGGCGCCUAGAGCCCUUCGACCGACAGAUGGACAGAUGGGUUUGAUGCUUCACCACUUCUUGCAGAAGAAGCACUGCAAUGGGAGAGGGCGUAGUUAGUCAAAUUCGAUCUGGGGCCUAAGGUAGAUGAGUCCAGAAGCGAGCCCUUCUAUUUUGCCCAACAGUUGCUGAGAUGAAAACGCAUCCAAAUCUUUCGAAAUCGGAAAGGUGUGGCUUGGUGGAAGAACAGCCGCUUUGCCCUGGUGACAAGCCAGUGCUGAUGCAUUUGUAAUUCACAGCCCGGCUUUCAACCGACUCGUUUUUCGGUUGAACACUUGUGCGUGCCCUGCAAGAAAAAAU